CAUAGCAACAUAUAUGGUAAACAAACAAAUACUGUCGAUGUGAUUUUGAUGAAUUAGUUUAAUUUAUAUGUUGACCCAGCAUGGACGAGCAAGAUUACAAAAGUGUCAUAAUCUAUUAUGGACGGGAGAAGAUGUAUCGGACUAUGCAUCGUGUGGUCCUUGAGGCAAUGGCAAAAUAUACUGUUGACACCAGUUUCAGAUUCUUCAAUGGAAUCGCUUUAAUACUCGAAGGCAUAAAACUGCAAGAGGGCAUUCGUGAAUUGAACCAAUUACAAGGCGACAAAGAUUUUGGAAUGGCCGUUUUACUAAGCCUUAUGUAUGCACACAAACGUUGUAGAGUGAUAGACAAGGAAGAACUAAUAAGUUUGGAUAGCAAUCUCAAGGAUGAAAGAAAACGUUUGACUUCAUCAUCAGCUUAUUACGCAUCUGUAUUUCUAUUUCUAACGGGAAAAUUCGAUAAAGCUCGUGAGUAUGCAGAAAAGGCUCAGCGCUUCAAUCCCAACAGCUCGGAAAUAUUAACUAUAAGAGGAUGGUGUGAACUUUACUUAAAUAAAAACAGGCCAUCAAUAAUCUUCGAUUUGUUUGAUAAAGCUCUCGAGCAUGGAAUGCAUAUUGACGCAAAUAUCGGACAGAUUCGUUAUCACCAACAAAACAAUGAUUUUGAAACAGCUAUUUCUAUCCUAAAUCGUCUGUCUGUACGCUAUCCGGAUUUAAUUAUUCCGCUUGUUGAAAAAAUGAGAUGCCAUCUUUCUAAUUGGAAUUACGAUAAUACAGUGGAAGCUGCAGCAAGGAUUCUUAAUCUAGAGCCAGUAAAUUUAGAAGCUCUUCAAGUGAAAAUUUUAAUUUUAAUGGUUAAAGAUAGUAACUGCACAGGUUGUGUUGGUGCUUUGCAGUACUUAUUUCAGGCAAUGGAAAAACUUGAACCCGGUAAUGGCCUUCUUUUCAUGCGUGCAGGACAACUGUUUUCUAGAGUUUGUGGUAGAAACACGUCAAUUUUGGCUGAAACUUAUCAGUUCGUAGAUAAAGCCCAUAAAGUCAACCCUACUAACCCGGAUUUUAUAACAGAACUGGGAUACCAAUGCAUAUUGAAUAAGAGAUACAAAGAUGCUACGAAAUGGUUUAAGUUGGCAUCUAAAAUAGACGACACCUCUUUGUUUGCUUUAUGUGGAUUGACUUCGUGUCAGAUAAUAGAGACUGGAAUUUCAGAGCAAGUUGUGCAGCAGAUUGAAUUUCUUUCUGAAAUUCAAGGAGACAACAAAAUUCCCAUACUUUCGUUCAUAUCAUCUAAAGUGCACGAAAAGGGUAAUGAAAAAGCAAUACAGCUCUUAAUGGAAGCAAGUGAAAUUCAAUUCAAAAAUUUAAGCACUCUUACAUAUGGUCUAGAGUACCUUAGAGAACUGAACCCUGAUUUUCUACUAGAAGUAGUGAAAGAAUUGAUGAAACAUUCUCCCACGGAUUAUGAGGCUGAAAUGGUGUCACUUGACAUGCAUCCUGUUCUUCGUCAUAGUGCAAAUAUACUAGAUGCCAUUGUAAAGGCUUGUCCUGGACUUGUAGAAGGACAUUACUUACAAGCAAAAGUUCAAUUUCUUAGUGGAGAAUUGUUAUCUGCAGCGGAGACUCUUAAAAAGCUUGUUAAUGACAUUGACGCAACAUAUUCGGAGGCUUAUUUGCUGAUUGCUCGAGUUAAUAUAAGACAGAAAUGUUAUACCAAAGCAGCACAUAGUUUAGAAAUGUGCCUCAGUCGUGAUUUUAAAGUACGCGAUAAUGCAAUGUUCCACUUACUUCAGGGCAUCGUUUUUAAAAACCAACAGCAAUAUGAAGACAGUUUGAAAAGUUUAUUUACAGCUAUGAGCAUAUGUGGUAUUAACCCGAAUGGUAAUACGCAAAAAAAUGCGCUACUGAAGAAUUCAAGUGAAGUUACUCUGAAUGCCUUUGAUGUAUUGUCAUUGUACUUGGAAACAAUAAAUACACAUGCUCUACUGAACCAACAUUCCGAGGCAUUGAAACUAAUACAAAUAAUAUCAUCAGAGUUUGCAUCAUCACCCGAGAAAGGAAGGGUGGCUGUCGCAAUAGCUGAUUUCUACAUGCAACAAGGAAAUUUCACGAAAGCAGUUGACUUACUUAAAAAUAUAUCUUCAAAUGACCCGUACUAUGUACAAGCAAAAACUAAGAUGGCUCACUUAUACUUGGUUUACAAAAAAGAUCGUUUGGCUUAUGCUCAAUGUUUUAAAGAGCUGGUUUCUCAUAAUCCCGGUCCAUCAAGUUACUUAAUGUUAGGUGAUGCAUACAUGUCUAUACAAGAGCCCGAUGAUGCUAUUGAAGCAUAUAAGCAAGCUCAUUGGCAAAACUCAAGGGAUAUUUCGCUGGCUAGUAAACUAGGAAGAGCCUAUGUUAAGACUCAUCAAUAUAAACGAGCAAUUUCUUAUUACCAGGAAGCUAUUACUACUCCGGAAAAUUUUUUGCUAAGGUUGGAUUUGGCAGAACUUUUUCUAAAAUUGAAACAAUAUUCGAAUGCUGAACAAACUCUAGUCGAUGAAAUCGAGUUGUCCAAGGGCGAAGCUGAGGACAUGUCUAGACUACAAACUAGAACCAAACAAUUGCUGCUUUUGGCUAGGAUACGCGAAAAAGCUGGAUAUUUAACAUCAUCUUUAAACACUCUUAAAGAGGCUAGGGAUAAUCAGUAUAAAAUAUUGAAACGUAUGUUGUUAGAUUCGAGUUCCGUACAGCAUGAACAAAACAAAACUUUGGUUAGAAUCUGUGUUUUAAUGGCAGAACAAUCUAUUGCACUACGAGAUAAUGAUCAGGCAAUUCAUCAUUACAAAGAAGCUUUGAAAUUAACACCCGAUGAUACAAGUUUACUUGCUGCAUUGGCUCGUUCAUAUAUGCAGGUGAAUAAUAUGGACCAAUGUCAAGCGAUAUGUGCUGAAAUUUUACAGCAUGACUCGAACAAUGAAGCUGCUUCUGUAAUGAUGGCUGACUUAUCCUUUAGACGGAUGAACUUUGAGAAUGCGGCGUAUCAUUUUUCUCAACUCUUGAUAUCUCAACCCAAUUAUUGGACUGCGUUAGCUAGAUUAAUAGAAGUGAUGCGACGAUCUGGAACAUUACACGAUAUUCAGCCAUUUCUUCAUCGAGCUGAGGAAGUGUGUCUUCGGCCAGAUUUUGAAGCUGGUUUGAGUUACUGCAAAGGUCUCAAUGAUUGGUAUAGCGGAAACCCAAAUAGUGCUUUAAGAUUUUUCAACAAUUGUCGCAAGGAUCCUGAAUGGGGCCAACAAGCUAUAUAUAAUAUGAUAGAAAUAUGUUUGAACCCAGAUGGCGAUUUGCCUAAUGAAGGAGUUAUUGAUAUAGGAGCAGAUGAUUUGGAAAUAAAAGAUUCUCGUGCAAUGGCAUUGAGAACGGCUGAACGAUUACUGAAAGAAUUAAAACCUCGACCAGGCGUUAUUGACAAUGAAGCACUCAAUCAUCGAUUGUUGCAAAAUUUCCAUGCGCUUGCUUCCCGGAACAAGACCAGCAUAGAUCGAGCGCUACAAGAUUUUACAUCAAUUGCAUCACAAGAAGAAUACAAGGAACACGUAGGUGCUGUGUACGGCAUAGCAUCAACUUAUGUGAUCUUGAAGCAAUCACAGCGAGCUAAGAAUCAACUGAAAAGAAUUGCUAGAAACAAUUGGACAUUUGAAGAAGCAGAUUAUCUUGAGAAAUCUUGGUUACUGUUGGCAGACUUAUACUUGCAAGCAGGAAAAUUCGAAAUGGCUACAGAUCUACUGACACGUGUGUUAGAGCACAAUAAAUCGUGUACAAAAGCAUACGAGCUUCUAGGGUUGAUAUCGGAAAAGGAACAGAACUAUCGAACUGCAGCGAUGCAUUAUGAUUGUGCCUGGAACUUUAGUGCUAAAUCAAAAUCAAACAUUGCAUAUAAGCUAGCAUUGAACUAUAUGAAAAUAAAACGUUUUGCUGAUGCGAUCGAUAUUUGUCAGCAGGUCUUGAAAAUACACCCCGAUUAUCCAUCGAUAAAAAAGGAUAUUCUUGAUAAGUGCAGAAAUAAUUUGAAAAAUUGAAGUAUUCAGCUAAGUAUAAUUUGAAGAAAAUAAAUUUAGGAUGAAUUCUAUGUCU